CGGAAGUCUCAGCGAGAAAUGGCGACACUUCUGCAGCCAGAGAAAGUGCUUUAUCUCGUCCGAGGCGAGAAAAAGAUUCGAGUUCCACUCUCUCAGCUGUAUUUUUGUAGAUAUUGCAGUGAACUGCGAUCAUUGGAGUGCGUGUCACAUGAAGUCGAUUCACAUUUCUGCCCCAGCUGUCUGGAGAAUAUGCCAUCAGCUGAGGCCAAGCUCAAAAAGAACAGGUGUGCCAAUUGCUUUGACUGCCCAUGCUGUAUGCACACCCUCUCCACACGAGCCACCAACAUCCCAGCACCACUGCCUGAUGACCCAAGCAAGACAACCAUGAAGAAAGCCUAUUACUUAGCCUGUGGAUUUUGUCGCUGGACUUCACGAGAUGUAGGCAUGGCUGACAAAUCUGUGGCCAGUGGAGGAUGGCAGGAACCUGAAAAUCAACAUACACAAAGGAUCAACAAGUUGAUUGAGUAUUAUCAGCAGCUAGCCCAAAGAGAGAAGCUGGAGAGAGACCGAAAGAAGCUGGCUAGAAGACGCCCGUUCAUGCCUCAGGCAUUCUCGGAGAAGUAUGGCCUUGGAACCAGGUUACAGAGGCAGAGAUCAGGAGCCCCAAUCAGUGCCCUAUACGGCCUUUCACUGAAAGAGGGAGAGGACCAGAAGGAGAUUACCAUAGAGCCGGCACAGGCUCUGGAUGAGGUAGAGCCCCUUCCUGAAGACUAUUACACUGGCCCUGUCAACCUGCCAGAAGUGACGACUCUUCGCCAGAGACUGCUGCAGCCAGAUUUUCAGCCUGCAGGAGCAUCACAGUUACACCCCAGACACAAGCACCUACUGAUGAAACGCUCUCUGCGCUGUAGGAAAUGUGAGCACAAUCUGAGUAAACCAGAGUUUAAUCCAACCUCAAUAAAGUUCAAAAUCCAGCUUGUGGCAGUGAACUACAUUCCUGAAGUGAGAAUUAUGUCCAUUCCAAACCUCCGUCACAUGAAGGAGAGUCAGGUUCUGCUGACCCUGACCAAUCCAGUGGAGAACAUCACCCAUGUAUCUCUGUACACCUGUGAGGAGGGAGACCCAGAUGACAUUAAUAGCACUGGCAAGGUGCUGGUACCCUCAAAGGAGCUGGUCCUGGCAGGGAAAGAUGCCGCCGCUGAGUACGAUGAGCUGGCAGAACCUCAAGACUUUCAGGAUGAUCCAGAUGUGGUGGCCUUUAGGAAGUCCAACAAGAUCGGCUUCUUCAUCAAGGUGAUUCCGCAGAAGGAGGAGGGCGACGUCACAGUGGCCUUGAAACUCCGCCAUGAUUUCCGGAACCUCGCUGCUCCGAUCAGACCCACCGAGGAGGGGGAAGCCACCAGUGAGGCCAUCUGGCUCACACACCAUGUGGAGCUUAGCUUGGGCCCCCUGGCAACUUGAGAAAAUACAUAAAUGAGUGGGCAAACAUACUCAAACCCAUACAUACAUAAACACACAUUCAUGCAUAAACAAACUAAAUGAAUACAACAUGUGGCACUAAAUCCAGUCGUUCUUUUACAGACUCUCUUUUACUUCUGAAUAGGGUUACCAUCUAUUGAAGAGAAUGUAGAUAUCAGGCAUAACAUAUCACUUACAGGAACAGUUACUUACCAGUUCACACACUAUGCCUACACUUGUGCCAGAUGCUUUUGGCAGUAUUAUCUGUCUCUUUCUAGACGUAUUAAAUGCAUGCGGUCACAAGUGAUAUCACGCACGGUCGCAUCUCACUGUCCCAACUACAUUUUACAGUGUUAAUAAAAACAUUUAGAUUUAUGCUUCAUCUAGUUAUUGUGUUAAUUUAAUGUUUUAUAUUUUCUGUAAAACAAGCACAAUGUUGCUUGCAUUAGUGUGGCACACUAUUAGUGAGAGAAACAGUCAUUGGUUGUAUAAGAUGCUAAUUCUCUGUAAAAUUAGAUGAUGGAGACCAGUGCAUUCUGCUUUAAUCAUCUGUCUCUUGCUAUAGCUGGAAUUCCUGAUCUAGAAUGUGUUCGCCUUUAAAUGUGGUUGACUUAUUCAGGCCAAUAAAAUGUACGAA